AUGACUUCUUGUAAAGUAAUCAAUGAUAGAACAUAUAUGGUUUGUAUUGAUAUUGUAACUUGUUCAUUUGGUAUGACUAAAAUCAUAACACUUGCAUCAUCAACAGCGAUUAUUAAUAAUUCAUCAUUUGAUAUUGAAGUUGCUGAAAAUGUAAUUAAAGCUAAUCAAAUAAUUCCAUAUUGGCCACGUUAUAUAAAAGAAGGUGUUAUGUGUGUUCGUUAUUUAGGAGGAAUUUUAUCUGCAAGUUGUUUUUCAAUAAAAGAUAAACAUCGAACAUUAUUACGUAUGAAUGAUAUUGAACAUCCUACACUUCAUGUUGAAGUAACAGCAACAGAUUAUGAUGGAUUUAAAAUUAAUUUUUCUGAUUAUAAAAUUGGUGAUGCUCCGCUAUUAAUUGUUAAUUCUUUAUUAAAUCAAUCAAUAUCAUUUUGUCAAAAAGAAGAUUUUCAUACACAAAUAUUACCUCCACAAUAUUAUGUUUAUUAUACAUGGAAUGAUUCAUUAAAACCACAAGAAUUAAUUCUUGCAACUAAUGGAGAUAAUUUAACUAUAAAACUUAAUCCUGUUUGUGGUAUUAUUGAUAAAGAAAAUGAAAAUCCAACAUAUUAUGCAAUAUUUCAUGAUGGUCCUCAAACAGUAUUAAUAUUUUCUUCUGAAACACAAAUUAUUGAUGCAGUAUCAGAUACAUCAUCAAUAAAUGAAUCAAUGAAUUCAUAUAUUCAAAUAGGUUUACGUUGUCUUGUUAUAUCAAUAAUAAAUGAUAUAAAUCAUGAAGAUUUACUUUAUAUAAGUUUAAAUCCAACAAAAGAUAUAUCAAAAUAUCAAAUUGAUAAAAAUCGCUAUGUUAAAUUUGAUGGAGAUGUAGCUGAGAUAAGUGAUGAAGAAGGUAAUAGUAUUCAUGUAAAACGAGAUACACUUGAUGGAUUUUGGGUUGGAUAUGGUUUUUCAACAAAUCAUCAAGCUAUUAAUUUAAAAAUUAAUAAUUUACAAAUUGAUAAUCAACUUCAAAUAACAUUAUUUCCAACAAUUCUUUAUCCAAUUAUUUCAAAAGCAACAGCAACUGAUAUACCUGAAAAACCAUUUAUUGAAUUAAGUCUUUUUAAAAGUCAAUCAGUUAGAUCAAAUACAAUACAUAUCAAAUAUUUUAAAUUAUUAAUACAAGAAUUUUUUAUGUCUAUUGAUCAAGGUUUAAUUAUAGCUAUUCUUGCUUUUAUUAAACAACAAAAGGAUCCAGCAGCACCUACGGUUGAUAUGAAUCCGGAUCUUAAACGUAUUGAUAAACCAUUAGAAACAUUAUUUAAAGGUGAAACGGAUAAUACAUCUGAAGAAUCAACAAUUUAUUUUGACAAUCUACAUUUAUCCCCGCUUAAGAUUCAUGUGAGUUUUUCAAUGCAUGGUGCAAAAGCAAGUGAACAAUUAUUAGCUGAAUAUCCAAUUGUUGAUUUUUUAUUACAAAUUUUAAAUGUAGCAGAAGUUCAAGAUGUUAUAUUAAAAUUAAAUUUUUAUGAACGAAAAAAUGAUCGAUAUACAAUAACAAAAUUAACAAACGAAAUUAGUAAUCAUUAUGAAGAUCAAUUUUUAAAACAACUUCAUGUUGUUGUUCUUGGUCUUGAUGUA